AUGGAUAUUUCUCAAGUGAUUUUGAAAGCAACAUGUGGGAAUGAUGAUGACUGUAACGACAUAAAACAUGCCAAAUGUUCUGAUGACAAAGACUGUACUUGCAUAGUAGGUUACAGCAGUGUAAAUAAAACUUAUUGCGCACCAUCGUUGAAUUCGUUUUGUUGGAGAGAUGAAAAAUGUGCAGCUGAUCAUGCUUCUUGCAUUGAUAGCCAGUGUCAAUGUGAUGAAGACUACUUACAACACUCUCACAAUGAGUGUUUACUAAAGUUGAUAGGUUCAUCUUGCAAAGAUAAUUCUGAAUGUAGCAGAGUUAAAUAUGCUCAAUGUUCAGCAGGUAAUAUUUGUGUUUGCUCGAUAAACACAAAAUCGGUCGAUCAGGCAUUAUGUUUACCAGUUUUGAACGAAUACUGUAAAACAAACGAUGAUUGCAAAGUUGAAAAUUCUAUUUGUAUUGACAAUAAGUGUCAAUGCAAGCCAAACUACAUGACACUUUUGAAUGAGUGUCAGGCACCAUAUUUAGGCAUGCCUUGUAUCAAUUCAAAAAACUCAUGUAGAUUUAUCAAUCAUUCAAUAUGUUUGGAUGAUAGGGAAUGUACAUGUUUGCCGAACUAUCUUCCUGUAAACAAUAAUACAUGCUUACCGGCUUACAAUCAGAUAUGCUUCAAUAAUGAAGAAUGCGCAACGAAGAAUUCUGUUUGCGUCAAUUACAGAUGUAAAUGUAAGCCUUAUUAUAUCUAUCGACAAGUUCAAUGUGUGUCAGCAUAUCUGCGGCAAUGGUGUCAAAAAGAAGAAGAUUGUAGUGGAGUCAAAUUUGCAACCUGUUCAAAGGACAAUAUAUGUGUUUGCAAACGGAACUAUUUUCAAUCAGAUGACUCAAACUGCUCACCUCUUUUAAAAAGUAGUUGUUCUACAACGGAAGAUUGCAUUGUUGCUAAUUCCGUUUGUCAGGAUGGAAAAUGUAAAUGUGGAGAAAGUUUUUUCGCUAAAUCUAAUGAUCGCUGUGCGAAAAUUUCUCUAGUUCAAACGUGCUCGACAUUUUACGACUGUCUUACUAUUCCGCAUUCUGACUGCUCGAAGAUUGGUUUAUGUUAUUGCGAUUUGGGAUAUGUUUCAAUAGAUGGCAUCAGGUGUGUACCUGCUUUGGGCCAGUUUUGUACUAAAAGUAAGCCAUGCGGAAUUAAUAACUCUGAUUGUAUCGAUAACAAGUGUCAAUGCAAACCUUAUUUUGAGGAGGCUCGUGACUCUGAAUGCAUACCAAUAAAUUUCAAUAAAUCUUGUUCAUUUGAUAUUGACUGCCGAGACAUAAAACAUUCCAUGUGUUUCUACGGAGAGUGUACUUGUAAGCAAAAUUAUGCUCCUGUAAAUUUCCAAACCUGCGUCCUACUUUUAGGAGGAGUUUGUUCCACAAAUGAGGAUUGCUAUUAUGUCAAAAAUUCAGUUUGCGUUUCAAAUAUAUGUAUAUGUGAUGCUGAACAUUUGACCGUAUCCAAUAACAAAUGUGAACCAAACAUGUUAGGAACAUUGUGUCUGACAAAUGAUGACUGUGACAAUAUCGAUAAUUCAAUAUGUUCAGCGGACAACGUAUGUACGUGUAACCUGAAUUAUAGAGCACUUGAAAAAUUUUUGUGUGAACCAAUGUUGAACGGAUUUUGUUCAGAGGAUAGUCAAUGCCCUACAGAUUCAUUCCGUUGUGUGGAUCAUCAAUGUCAAUGCCAACCUAACUUCACUGCAAUGUCUGCAAGCCAAUGCUUUGAAACGAACCUGAUAAAUACUUGUACCAAUGUUACUGAGUGCAGUGAUUCAUGGCAUGCACAGUGUACAUCCGAUCACAAAUGUGUUUGUGAUUUGAAUAAUAUGGCAUUGAAUCCAUCGACAUGUUUGCCGAUAUUGAAUGGUUUUUGUUGGAGAGAUCAUCAAUGUAUGGCUGAAAAUUCUGUUUGCACUGAUUAUCAUUGUGCAUGCAAACCGAAUUUUAUUGCUGUCGCUCGUAAUCUAUGCAUUCCUGACAGAAGAAAAAUACAUUUAUAUUGA